GGGUAGUGCUGUAAAGUUUGGCCGAACUAUUGCGAGGGAGAAAUAACGGCGAUUGUGACAGCUUUUGGUUGAGUCGUUUGUCACAUUCGUGCUGUCACUGGUGACAGAAGUGACUUGGAAGGUUUUUCUGACAAGUUUGUGCUGCAUUGAGCGUAUAAAUCUGCGCUUGGUCCCCGAGUGGCUGAAAUGAGUAGAACAAUCCAGCAGUAGGCAGCGAGUGGACGAGGCGACCCAAACACGCACGGUUAGCAGACAAAUAUCAAACAACCACGGCCUGACAGUGGUUCGAAUGAAGUAAUUAUCUUCAGCGCUUCAACAAUGUGACCGAGCGAGGGGAGCUGCUCCGUGAGGACUGUCAGAAACACAUGACAGCCAACUUUGGCUGCCGCGACAGGCGCACUAUGGCAUCUCAGCCAAGGUAGGCAGCAGACUCAGCCGCAGCUAGCUGCUAGCAGCGGGACGCUAGCUGCUUUCCAGUCCGUGGCUAGCAUUAAUUAUCCAGUGUAUACAAUGAAGAAAGAAACCUUCUUCGCCUCCGAGCAUGGGAACAGAGGAACCAAGACUCCAACCAAGCCAAAGAACUCAACCCUGAGAACGUGCCACUGUUUGGGCAACCAUACAAGACAAACAAAGGAGAUGAACUUUCCAAUCGAAUCCAGAGGAUGCUUGGCAGUUAUGAAGAUGUGAACUAUUCAUGUCCCCUCACCAUCGAGCCUUUACCCAUUCCUAGUUUUGUAACCGUCUCACAGUCCGAUCAGGGUCAGCCAAGUAUAGAUAAAUCAGCAGAUGCUCCAUUCCACAACCACAUCCAUUACAUCGAUCAGAAAAAACCCUCAAGGAGCAGUUUCUCCUCUCAGCCCACAAUGAUGUCUGCUGCCUCUUCUCCGAACCAACAUGGACAUUCAUCCACUCUAUCCAAUAUUUCCUUGAAUCAGAGUGAGGGCAGGCAGUCUGGAAACCCAGCGCAUCAACAAAAGAAGAAUGAAGCCCUCUCAGAUGUCAGUGAGCGUGUCAGCCUUACUCAGGAGUCAUCUGCUCAGUCUCCUGAUGAUAAGCUCCAGCCGUUCCUACAUUCCAGUUACCAUAAUGACAAUAACUUGGACACUAAGGACACCUUUGAUAGGCAUCAGGAGUCCACGGAUCACUUCUUGGAGUCUACCAGCACCAUGGAUGUUUCCACAGUGAACAUUAAGCUGUCUCCUAAAGAUGUGCCUGUGACUCUAACCACCAAGGCUUUGCCCUCCCAGACCUUUCCUCCACUCCUGCCGUCUAAACAGCCCAGCGUAGUCAUGACCCAGAAGCCAACAGCCUAUGUGCGGCCAAUGGAUGGGCAAGAUCAGGUGGUCAGUGAUUCACCUGAACUGAAGCCUUCACCAGAGCCAUAUGUACCACUACCAGAGUCAAUCUCCAAAUCUAACCUGGGAAAAAAGAAGAUAUUGCCACAAUUACUGGAGGCGAGGGCAAAUGAAACCUUGUGUGUUGAGGACAUCUUGCGGGAAAUGACUCAUGCAUGGCCUCCUCUCCUGACGGCUAUACACACACCAAGCAUAGAAGAACCAUCCAAGUCCCUGUUUUCAGCCAAGGAAGCAGAGCAUGUCUCAUCAUGUCCAUCACAAAAUCCAUCCCAGCUCAACCAGAAGAGCUCAACGUUCUCAUUUGAAGCGGCACAUUCCAGUGGGGUAGAAUCCGCCAGCUCCAGCGACUCCGAGAGUAGCUCAAGAUCAGAGUCGGACAGUGAAGGCACCACAGGGGAGCCACAUGGACCUCCAGACAGCAGCUCAGUAAAAACUGAGCCUGAUGCUCCAGCAGUAAGCCAUGGUGACUGGCAGUUGGGGAACUGGAUCAGGUCCAACCAGCCGAACUCGAGCACUGAAACUCAAGGCAACACCCAGGUCUCUGAGAACAAACGGCUUGUGCCCAACCCCAAGCACUCCAGUGUGGACUCCUGCAGGGAGUCCAAGCUUCAGCUUCCUACUCGCCAAAAAGAGCCCAGUGACAACACAGACAAACUGCAGCAGUGCAGAGAAAGCCACCAGGACAACUGUUACCAGCAGAGUAGCCAAAAACUACCUUCUCCUAACAUCAGGAAAGUGUCACGCAAGACACAGGCGUCAAAACCAGCAAAGGAAGGCUACACAGAUCCCAGUGAAGCAGACUUCAGUGUUAAAUGUGAGGAAACUGUCGUCCCAAGAAACAAAGACCUGUGUUUCACUCAUAGGCCCAAAGUCAAGACGAAAACAAAGCACUGCAAGAAAAGCAAGGACAGUGACACUAAAAAAGAAAGUAAAAGAGCUUCCAAACACACAGUUCUCGACAAGCGGAAGGUUAAACUAGAGCCUGAUGACAAACUCAGCCUCAUCGGUCACUGUCCGUCUUGUGGUGUGCAAUAUCCUAACCCCUGCUCCUGCCCCACCAAGAGUCCUACUCAGCCUGUCCAGCCUGUCCACUUGUCUUCUGACCAGCCAGUGAAAAUCAGUAGUAGCAAACCCAAAGCAGAGACCACCUGUCAGGGGGCCUCCAAGAAACCUCACAAAACAACCCACAAGCGCUCAGAGAUCAAAAAGGUCAAAGGUCCUCAGGUUCUCCUCAAGGCUCCUCAAUCUUUGCUGGUGAAGAUUGAUUUAAGUCUGCUCUCAAUAGUCCCUCAGACAUCGGGCACCCGUCGGGAGACGUCCAGCAAUGCAAAGAGAUCAGCACUGGUUAUAGAGCCAGAUGAAAGAGCCGGCAGUGGUGCUUCUAUGACACAUAAACCUUGCAAAAAAAGCAAAGCUUCAAAUGUUGAGGUGGACAAAAAAACUCCCAGGAAGAAACGGCGACUGGAAAACAACAAUACCUCAUCGGCUCAUGUUUUAAUCAAACUGGAAAGUUCCAGCAAUCCAGAAAAGGAGCAGGAGAAAAAGAAGGCAAAAAAGAACCCCGCGUCUCUGCCAGUCAAAGAAACGGCGAAAGAAUCAAAGUUAAACAAACGCUGCUCUUCCGAGACACAGGACUCCUGUAAGAAGAAAGUGAAGAGCAAGGACUCCUGCAAGCACAAGCAGAAAAGUGUAAAACAGACAGAGCAGCCGCACUCUGAAAAGAAGCCUCCAAAGAGCUGCCUCGACAUUCCGUCAUCAUCUUCACAAUGCAACAAGGACGUAUUGAUCAACAGGCCCAUGCUCAGGUUUGAGGACAGGCACUAUCCAGUGAAGCAUUACAUAAAGGAGGCCAAAAGACUGAAGCACAGAGCAGAUGCAGAGUCUGAUAAGCUCAGCAAAGCCUUCAACUAUCUGGAUGCAGCCAUGUUCUUUGUCGAGAGUGGCAUCGCCAUGGAAAAGGAUCCACAGAUAUCAAUGUCCUCGUACACCAUGUUUGCCGAGACAGUCGAUCUCCUCAAGUUCGUGCUGAAACUUAGAAACUCAGUGGAUCCAUCGACUACACCCUCAGAAAAGGACUUUAUAGCUUUAUGUUUGAAGUGCCAGUCUCUCCUGCAGAUGGCCAUGUUUCGCCACAAACACAAAACUGCUUUAAAGUAUUCAAAGACUCUCACUGAUCAUUUCUCUAAUUCAUCUCAAGCACCACACGACGCUCCCGUUAGCACAGCGAAAGCCGCAGUAACGCCGUCCCCGAUGCCUGACUCACCGUCUCCAGCCAACAUGAGCAGCAGCUCAGGUCCAGGCUCCAACCACAGUGGUAGUGGGCUGGUUGUCGGUCCUGUCAGCAGCACAGUGGUCGUUCCACAGGCCAUUGAACAAGUGGCAUUCUCCUAUGUCAACAUCACCAUGUUGUUCUUGGGCGCUCAUGACAUGUGGGAGCAGGCGGAGGCGCUGGUGCACAAAGGCAGCGGUAUGCUGUCAGUGCUGGACACAGUUCUGGGCCCGCUGAGUCUCACGUCGACCAUGAAUGCCAUGGUCCGCUACACGAGACAGGGAGUCCACUGGCUGAGGCUGGACAGCCAAAAGGUAAAGUGACCAACAAACUGCUCCCCCUGCUGGACACCUGCAAAGCCUUCAUGCUGCUUCUCCCUGCCUGUGCUUGACCAUCAUACUGACCUGAAACUGUCCCUCAGGCUCAUUUCGUCUUUUGUUUUUUUCUUCUUCUCAAAAGAUGGACACAGAUGUUCUCUCAUGAUUGUUUUUAAGGCUGGUUUUGGUAUUUACCAGCAAAGGAUAUUACCACACUGACUUUUGCACUUGUUAUUUAUUUUUCUCUCUCUCUGUCUGUCUGGCACGUUGUUGUAAUCCACACGUCUCCCUCCGUAGGUUAAAUGUGCCUCUGUGUUCUUCUCUGAGCUGAUGUUGUGGUAAUAUUGUCAAAUCAGGGCUUUAUUCAACAGUGACCUUAACUAAAUUUAAAUGGAAGUACAUCAGAUUUAACCAAAAGUGCCAUUCGAGGGUGGUGGUGGUGGUGGUUGGUGGUGCCAGCACUGACAUCUCAACCUUUGACUUAAGGCCGUACUCACACAACCUAAAUGUAAACUAAAGGCACUUAAAUCAUUUUUAUCACUUUAUAGUUUUAAAGCAUUUCCACCAUUUCAAUUUGAAGGAGCGUUUGAUUACGAGAUUCUUACUGAUGUACGCGUCACAAGGUCUUAAGUAUGAAGUAAGGACGAAUCAAGUACAGCGUCGUAUCACACCGGCUUUCAGAUUGUUUGUUGUAGCUCAUUCCUCGUUGUUAUCUUCAGUUGUUUUCCAAUCACUGUUGUCAGAAACACAUUUCUUACACAUUAAAAAAAAAACUCUUAGUUUGUUCUUGAGACAAAAUACAUUAUUUGCGGUUGGAUUUUGCGCAAAUUAUUGAGACAAAUAUUGAUGUGGACACAUUCAAAUCCAAUCCAUGAGAUGACAAAACGGAGCAGGAAGGCUCUUUUAAUUUUAGGUCAUUGUUUUUGUUUUAGGAAGAAAUAAGUUCUUGAUUCUUGUUUGCGUCAGACUUCCUGAGGCGUGAUAAAGCAGUGAUUCAUGUUGCUGAUGUUGGUGUUAUUAUUAUUAUUAUCAUCAUUAUUAUUAUGUUGGUAUUAUUACGGUUGACGGCUGCAGUUCAGGUUCGCAGCCUCUUUCUCGCUGCAAGUGCUGAAAAGAGUGACUUGUUUUUAAAUCCUCGUCGUCCUGUUACAGUUUGCUCUUUCUGCCCUUUAUUCAUGAACAAAUUGGAACAAAUUGGUCUCCAGUGAUUCUCCUCCUGUUCACGCUGACUCUGAAGAGUUCUCACAAUCCUCUCUGUGGAAAAUUGCAUCGCAGCGUCACGCCCCGAACAUCUGAGACUUAAGCAGUGUUAGUUUAACAAACUAAGCGGGAUAUUAUUUCAUAUUGGAGCCAUAUUGGUAACAACAUCUAACUUUAUAUCUCUACAUCUUGCUACACUAAAGACAUUUAAUGCUUUAAAAAAAAAAGGAAAAUUGACUGUGGUUUUUGUCGUAUAAAUGAAGCUUAAGGAAAAUGUGUCUUUGCAGUCGGUACAAACGGUGAAAGAGGACGAUUACGGCGGCUAAUAACCCUCUGGGUGUACAUAUGUUGGUAUUCUUUUAAGACAGAAUUGAAAAAAUACUUUGAAUCCAUCCUUUGGCAACAACCAAAAAAAAAAGGGAAUAAUUUCAGAUCCCUCACUUUAUGUACUGGUAUAUAACGGUGGUUUUCAUUGGCUGCGUCGAUCAGUUUGUGUUACCUUUUGUGUAAAAUGGAACUACCGUGAUAAUUUUACUGAAAAGAAAGUACAGUAAUGUUUCCUUUUUAUUUGUUUUUGCACUAGUUGAGCUGCUGUCCUUUGCUUUCCUCUACACUUUCUUUAACAUGUUGAAUAAAUGUUAAGGAGAUUAAAUAAAUGGCCAACUGUAGCUUACUAAAAAAACAAAACAAAAAAGACACUUGUAAGUAUUUGUAGAGAAAAACACGUUACGUUCUCCAUACUGUGCUGGUGUUUACCCCUCUUUUAUUACAACUUUGAAUUCUAAGCAAUAAAGCAUGAGUUUUGUUAGUUAAAACAUGGACAUUGUAGUUGUUGUAUUGUCUUGAUGACACACAAACAUUAUCAGCAUGAAAUUAUGAUUCGAGGAUUAAAAAAAAAAACCCCGCAACAUUGGUUUAGAUUUGUGCGGUUUUGUUUUUGCCUGUUAAUUCAGUUGGUGUGUCGAUGCAAUAGCACACUGAAAAAGGGCUAAACAAGGACCACGGAGUGUUCCUGACUUUAUUUACUCAUGUUAAAUGAUCAAAAUUCAAUGUUUUUGAAGGAAGGAGCGAGUGUCCUGGUGCCACAGAACAAGGGAUUAUUUUUUACAUCCAGCUCAUCGACAGGCUGCUAUAGUAUUGAUCUUUACACCGCACACGAGGUGAAAAUGAAAAAUUAGGCAUGUGACAGUCAUAAUAGUCCAAUUUCACCUUUUUUCUUUUUUUGGGGGGGUGUUGUCGUUACAGCCUGUGGCUUUAUUUUCAUUAUCAUUGGGUGUUGGUGCUUUGUUGAUGAAUUACUCUGAAUCAAGUUUACACUUAUUGUCCCAAUAAUUUACUGGGGGGGUGAUCAUGAAGCUUUUUGAAGGAUGCUGUUUUUUUUUUUCUUUCCUUUUGUGAAAUUUGUGUUGCAGUGUACACGGAUGAAUAAACACUGGAAAUGAAAUCAC